UACCCCAUUACAAUUUUUACUAUCUCUUAGCGCUAUAUGCAUAUCAUGGGCAGCUUGCUAGCAAGGCUGUUCGGUUCUUCCUACUUCUUACAUACUGUUCAAAGGGACACUACUGUGCUGCACUACAGGAGAAAUCCAACAUGGCGCUCACUUCUUCUCUUCCUUGUAUUUUUUGCCCUAACACACUACAUAUCAACUCAAGCCGAAAUACCCUACCUGGGGUAUGUGUGCUAUGCAUUAGGAGUAUACUUUAGUUACAUUGCCACGGAGAAGUAUGAGGAGGUGAUAUUUGACAAAAACAAGGGCACGGUUUCACUCAUGAACUCUAGAUUCCUAGGGAAACACUUACUUGGCUAUCGCAGGCAAAUUGUAAGUGAGCUGAGUGAGAUAAUGACUGUGAUGAUUGACGAGCAAAAGGUCUCUCCUGGGGGAACUGGAUACACGGUUGUUUUGGUGUUCCUGUCGGGGCUCACUCUCUCCCUCACCGCUCAGUGCACGUUCGGGAACAAAACAGAGCACCAGAGAGUACAGGCCGAGGUGUGCAAGUUCUUGGGCAUCCCCUGUCCACCAACCACCACCAGCAAAUCAAAAUCAGACUGAUUGAAUAAUAGUUGACACUUUUUUAAUUGGGUAUAUAACAUGUUGAGUGCCAUUCCCACAUAACAUGUAAAAUUGUUCCUGUCAA